CAUCACCGGAAAUGCGUAUACGCAGCCACGUGUCCCGGAAAAACAGCCGGAUCGAAGAACAAGAGGAAGAAGAAGGUGGAGGUUUAACGUUAGAAGUGUUACUGUCAGUGUACCGCAGUCAUGGAGGACACGUUCAUCAAACCAGGCAACCAGGAGCGGGGCUGGAACGACCCUCCACAGUUCUCCUAUGGCCUGCAGACAGCACACGGAUCCAGAAGGAACAUCCUUGCCAAGAGGGCCGCACCAUCACUAGUUAAUGGUCCAAGACCUCUGCCAUCAGCCCCAACUUCUCAUAGCCCUCAGGCACCUCCCCAGUCUGGAGUAAGCUUGCCUCCUCAACACCAGGCACCUCCUCCUCCUCGUAUGCUUAUGUCCACUCCUGCACAAGGUCCAGUAAUGGGGCAAAAAGACCCUGGCAAUAGCCAAUCAGUGAGUGAGCCUGAUGUGGAGGGUGUGGUCUCUGUGCUGACCUGGGCGCUGAAUGCCUGCCGACGGGGUGUGCCAGUUCAGGUUUGCGAUGAUAUGGCGAAGCGGCUUCAUCUCCUGGAAGCAAACUGGAGGUCAGGACGACUUUCCCUGCCUGUCAGACGACGUAUGGAGACACUGGCCCAGGAGCUGCAGUCUGGUCACUGGGAUGUGGCUGAUGAGAUACACCGCUCUCUGAUGGUGGACCAUGUGACUGAGGUCAGCCAAUGGAUGGUGGGCGUGAAGCGACUCAUUGCUGAGACCCGGAACCUUAGCCCAGAGCUGUUAGGACCUCCCCCAAACCCAGAAAAAGCUGUUCAGAGCCCAGAUGAACCAACCCAGGGCUCAGAGGAACCUAUACAGAGUCUAGACCACACCAUUGUCUCCCAUUCCUGACUGUGCCGUCUAAGAAAGCCUCAGCUGAUGCCUCAGAAUAUUUCCUCCGUUGGUUCAGAAGUCAGGAAACAGGAAAACUUCAUGUUUUCAUUUGACGUUUCAGUCUGAUUCAGUUAGCGCCGUUUGAAACUUACACCUCUGUCUCCCAGAUCCACGCAGCUCAUCAGGCAGUAUCUACGUAGCAUGUAUGUUUUUUUUUUUUUUUUUUUUUUAGAAAACAUUAAUUUCCCCCUCACUCUGCCAGUAGAUCAUCUAGCACUAAUGCCAUAUCACCGUUUUCAUAUGAAAAAAUAAUGUUGGGGGCAUCCGGGUAGCAUAGCGGUCUAUUCUGUUCCCUACCAACAUGGGGAUCGCUGGUUUGAAUCCCCGUGUUACCUCCGGCUUGGUCGAGCGUCCCUACAAACACAACUGGCUGUGUCUGCGGGUGGGAAGCCAGAUGUAGGUAUGUGUCCUGGUUGCUGCACUAGCGCCUACUCUGGUCGGUCAGGGCGCCUGUUCAGGGGGGAGGGGGAAUAGCGUGAUCCUCCCGCACGCCACGUCCCCCUGGUGAAACCCCUCACUGUCAGGUGAAAAGAAGCGGCUGGUGACUCCACAUGUAUGGGAGGAGACAUGUGGUAGUCUGCAGCCCUUCCCGGACCGGCAGAGGGGGUGGAGCAGUGACUGGGUUGGCUUGGAAGAGUGGGGUAAUUGGCCAGAAACAAGGGGAGAAAAAUCUAAAAAAAAUAAAAAAAUAAUAAUAAUGUUGGCUGUGAGCCAAUUUUUAAGAUAAAAUUGUUGAUUUGGUAUUUGGUCCAAAAAGUUGUUCUGAAAGUUGAGAUGUGGUAAAAAUGGAACCAAACACCAUCAGCUCGAUAACACCGUCAGCAUAGAUAAAAGGACACAAGUCACCAUAGCAUAACAGUGUUGCCUUAAACAAAACAAUAAACCAAAUAAAGGCUGUCAUGACCAGAGGCAAGUUAAGGGAUGUUGGUGAUGGUCGAGCCCUGGAACCUGAAUUCACAGCUUUGUCAUUUGUUCCGGCAUGUUCCUUCAGAUGUCUUGUGUCCACAGGUACGAGUGCUGACCAGCCUUAAGGCUGUUCAUGCCACACUAACAUGAGAUAUCCUACACAAACUAAAGCCUGAUACUUCUAAAUAAACAG